GCGUAGUUAACCGAUUUCUUUAUUUAUUAAUAUUAAUUCGCAGAAUAUAUACAAGACGAAUGAACGUGAUUUUCGGUCUAGAGCUGCUCCUGAUCCACAGUGAUGAUCAGGCACAGGUAGCUCGCACGAAUCGGUGAUAAGCAUCGAGCGAGCGAAGCGAGGCGCGAUAAGGCGCGCGAUAACGGGCAGACGAAUAGGAAGGAAGGAGUAUUUGCGGCUCUCGAUGUCAGAGGCUGUCAGUUUUCGCGAUGAACGCGUUGUGGCUGAUUACAUUCCGCGUCCGCCGUGUCACCGAACAAACGGUUUUUCUUUCUAUCUCGCGUUCGUGAGAAUCCACACGGAUACGGAUACGACACGGACAGAAUCGAGAAUGCCGCUGUUCAAAGCGCGGGCGACGCCGAGAUCGCCAAUAACGGAGAAAGCUGCGAACGGCGGCGUGCAGCAUCGCAACCAUCAUCAGCCUGGCAGUGACAAUAAUCAUGACGGCGGUGCGAAUACUAACGGUACCGGCAGCCGGUCGGGCAAUAGCGUUCCUCUUCAACACGAACAGAAGAGACUGUCACCUUUGAAGCCGCCGCCGCUGGUCUUCCACUGUCAGCUGGCCCACGGCAGUCCUACGGGACUGAUAUCAGACUUCAGCAAUGUUCGCGAGCUCUACCAGAAGAUCGCCGAAUGCUACGACUUGCCAGCUGAAGAGAUUCUUUUUUGCACACUUAAUACGCACAAAGUGGAGAUGACGGAGUUACUAGGUGGACAAAUCGGCGUGGGAGAUUUUAUAUUUGCACACAAAAAAGGCCGGCCGAAAGAAAUCGAGCUGGUGAAGACAGACGACGCACUGGGCUUGACGAUCACCGAUAACGGCGCCGGUUACGCUUUCAUAAAGCGCAUAAAGGAGGGUUCCGUGAUCGAUAGGAUAAAAGUAAUCGAGGUGGGCGAUCACAUCGAAAAGAUUGAUUCGACCAGCCUCGUCGGCAGACGUCAUUUCGAAGUGGCGAAGAUGCUGAAGGAUAUACCGAAGAACUCGACGUUCACGUUGAGGCUGGUGGAGCCGCAGAAGAACGGUUUCGGCAGCAUCGGGCCGCGCAGUGAUCUCAGAAAAGGGAAGAAAACCGGCUAUGGUUCCGGCAAAGAGACUCUGAGAUUCAAAGCCGACGGUAGUGCGCGAAUAGAACAAGUUGACGAUGCCGCUGCGAUAGGUGUGGAAAAAAUCAAUAGCAUCUUGGAGAGCUUUAUGGGUAUCUCCGAUACGGAAUUAGCCACACAAAUCUGGGAGCUCGCCGAGGGCAAGUGCAACAGUAUAGAUUUUGCCGAAGCAAUAGACAAUUCCGACUUGGAGGACUUCGGCUUCACCGAUGAGUUUGUGAUCGAGUUGUGGGGCGCCGUGACAGAUGCGAGAGCAGGUCGGCAUCGAUGACGCGAGGACUGAUAACAAAAUGAUUAGCAAUGAUAAUGCACACCGAAAAGAAAUUCCAGGAAGAGAAACAACAUUGAGACCUUUUUGUAAGACCUUAAACUCGGUAAAACAAUGAAAUGAAAUUAUAUAUUUAUGAACGUACAACAAGUACUUUUUCACAUGAAAAAUGUUUCUCUCAUGUUACCAUAAUUCCAGAUAUUUAUUUAUGAUCCUGUAAUUUUCUUGUAAGAAUCAAGCAUUCGACGCAUUUAAUGCUAAACGUACAGCGAGAAUGUAGGCUGAAAUCUGCAAUACUCCACAUCUUGUCCUAGAUAGAACUACAAUAACUACUGCAUUGUAUUAUAUGGCAAAUGUAGCAUUGAAUUGAAGAAAGAAAAAUAGAAAUAAAAAAUUUUUGAAGAUUGUGUAUAUUGAAAAUUAAACAGCUUUUAUUUUGCUAAGUGAAGCUAAAAGUGAGUUUUUUCGUUAUUAACAUGAUAAAGAUUGAUAUUUAUUAUUAGUAAAGUAAAAAUUAUUAAAGAUUACAAAAUAAAUUAUUUGUAAAAUAUAAAAAUUUAUUAAAAUAUUGUUAAAGAACAGUGUUUUUUAAAUCACUUUACAAUGUCAAAGCUGAUAAAGAUUAUUCAAUCUACAGAUACAGGCAUUAAAAAUGGGCAUAAUAUUAUUAAAGCGUAAUAUUAUUAAUGUAUCUAAUCAGUUGAUAGAGAAAUGAUAACCAGACUUUAUCGAGUUUCUCAUGGAAUUGCAAUGCAUUAAAGUGAUAUCAAUUUCGAUUUUCCUACAUUAAUAAAACGAUUCUGUUUAUUUAAAUCGUUCUCAACCUACAAAGAGAAACAACUUAAUAUUAGUAAAAGAAUUAAUUAUUCACCGGUUAGCGUAAACAUAUUUGAUGUUAUCAAACUACGUCAUCAUGAUUAUGAAUGUCAACAAUAUUCUACCGCAAUUAGUAUUCAUUAGUAGAGUUACGAAAGAUGUUAGAAGCGAUAAGAACGAAUUAAUAUAUUUUAAUACAUAUAUGUGAACGAAUAGUUUACAAUGUAAGUAUAAGUGCGCGAAAUAUUAUCAUUAAGUAUCGAUGAAUAAAAUCUUUAUAGCAAA